AUGGACAUUAUGGUGGCACCUUAUUCACGGCAUGUACACAAGAUGCAAAUAACAGCAUUUAUGUACUUGCUUUUGGGAUUGGGGAUAACGAGAAUGACAGCUCCUGGACAUGUUGUUCAUGCCUACACACUAUUGGAAUAUGAAUAUUACAUGCAACAACUCGACUCGAUUAAUGAGAAGAUAAGGGGUUAUCUGGACGAAGUUGGACUUGAGAGAUGGUCACGUUUCCACAUGCCUUCAAACCGGUAUUCCACAAUGACAUCGAAUAUUGUGGAGUCGGUUAAUGCGAUCACAAAGUCUGCCAAGAACUACCCUAUUCUAGCUUUGUUGGAGUCAUUGAGACAAAUUCUACAAUCUUGGUUCUGUAGACAUAAGGAGGACGCGCAAGGAACUUUUACAAUCUUGUUAAUCAAGUAUGAGAAGAAGAUGAGGGAAAUGAGUACAGAUAUGAGAAACUUGAGGGUUUUCCCUAUUAAUCAGGCAAUGUUCUCAAUUAACGGUGAAAGUUCCUCUUUCGUUGUUGAUAUAGAAAACCGGACAUGCACAUGUAGGAUGCUUCAAGUUGAUCAACUACCUUGUCCACAUGCUUUGGCUGUGUUUGCGAGUAUGAAGAUAGAUCCAUAUGAAUACUGCUUCUACUACUACACAAGUGAAGCAUUCAGAAAUACAUACCAAGAAACCAUUUUUCCGGUAGGAAAUCCAGCUGAAUGGACAGUGCCAAAUGAUGUCCAUGACAUAGUUGUAAUUGCACCUAAUCAAAAGCAAAGUUGUGGAAGGCCUACUGAGAAGAGAUUCAGACCAGCGUACGAGGAAAACAUAACCGUCAAAUGCGGUCGGUGUGGUGAAAGUGGUCACAAUCGUAGAACAUGCAGCAGCUUAGUUCCGUUGAGUCAAAGCAACAAGAAUAAAGAGAGGAAGAGGAUGAAGACUGGAAAUACACAUUGA